CCGGAAGUAGUCAGCGAGACUACCGGAUUCUCCUUUUUGUUGAUCAUAUUUUUUCCUUUACGGCCUGUUACUGAACUACUGACGGCUGUUUGUUUCAGUCUUUGUGGCAAAUUGUUAUAGACGUUAGCACAGACAUUACUCCCUCUCGAACCGGAGGAUUUUAUACAGAAAAAGAGCUACCUUCAAGUGUUUAGUGUCGUCGGCCCGAGGCUGGGCUAACAUUAGCCUAGCAUAGCAUUAGCUUGUGCUUUAGCUGUCACUCUAGCUGACUUCAGAGUCUUAAAGUCAGCUGUUUGACCACUCCAUUCUUAAAAAAGAAGAAAAAAAACAAGAAGACAAACAUGGCAGUGGUCAACGAAGGAGCCCUGAAGAAAAUGCUGAAGCAAUACAAAUACAAAGAAAUGACGGUCCGAGAGAUCACCAACGUCAUCUCCCAGUACAAGGACUUGAAGCCGGUCAUGGACGCCUAUGUGUUUAAUGACGGCUCCACCAGGGACCUGAUGAGUUUGACGGGGACGGUUCCUGUCAGCUACAGAGGCAACGUCUACAACAUCCCAGUAUGCCUGUGGCUGCUGGACACAUAUCCCUACAAUCCUCCCAUAUGUUUCGUCAAGCCCACGAGCGCCAUGAUGAUAAAAACCGGCAAACACAUCGACGCCAACGGGAAGAUCUACCUGCCUUAUCUACACGAGUGGAAGCACCCCCAGUCGGACCUGUACGGCUUGAUUCAGGUCAUGAUCGUGGUGUUCGGAGAGGAGCCCCCUGUGUUUUCUCGGCCCACCACACAAACCCCGUACCAAGCCUUCCAAGCCGUCGGACCUCCGAAUUCCUCCUACAUGUCUGGGAUGCCUGCAGUGUUGCCCUAUGGCCCCAAUCCAAACUCCGGAGGCUACCCAGGGUACCAGUACCCCGGAGGAAACUCGUACCCGGCCACUGCUGGACCCACACACUUCCCCGCACAGACUCCAGUCUCCACAGUGGGUCCAAACAGAGACGGCACCAUCGGUGAAGACACCAUCCGUGCGUCGCUGAUUUCUGCCGUGAGCGACAAACUGCGCUGGAGGAUGAAGGAGGAGAUGGACCGAGCUCAGGCGGAGCUGGACGCCCUGAAGAGGACGGAGGAGGACCUGAAGAAGGGACAUCAGAAACUGGAAGAGAUGGUGUCCAGACUGGACCAGGAAGUGACUGAGGUCGACAGGAACAUCGAGCUCCUGAAGAGAAAGGACGAGGAGCUGAGCGAAGCCCUGGAGAAAAUGGAAAACCAGUCGGAGAACAACGACAUCGACGACGUGAUCGUGCCCACUGCCCCGCUGUACAAGCAGAUCCUCAACCUGUACGCCGAGGAGAACGCCAUCGAGGACACCAUCUUCUACCUGGGAGAAGCCCUCCGCAGGGGAGUCAUAGACCUGGAAGUCUUUCUCAAGCACGUGCGCCUUCUGUCCAGGAAGCAGUUCCAGCUGCGCGCUCUCAUGCAGAAAGCCCGCAAGACGGCCGGACUGAGCGACCUCUACUGACCCCCGCUGACCCCCUGCGUUCUCUCUCCUCCUCUUCCACCCUCUUACUCCCUUCUUAUUCUCUUCUUCGUGAGACAAAAAUCAGUCGGCCUCGAUGGAGGAUUGUCCAAAUUCCGGCCUCACUUGUGUUAAAUCAAAUCAUCUUUCAGUCUGAAACGUCGUCAGUUUGUGGAUCAGGUACUGUUUGUCGUGGACAUUUGUUGGUACAGGUCUGAAACGUGGCGUCAGGCGGCGCCGGUUCCUGUUCGCAGUCCCUUCGCCAGACAGUCAUUUGGCUAGUAAGCACAAAUGAGAGGCGGCGUUGCCGAGCGCCCUGUCACCCCCCCCCCCCCCCCCCCCCCCCCCCCCUCGCCCUCCGUAAAGAAACGAUCAGGCUCUUCAGGACGGCCGCGGCUCCAGCCUCAGGGUUCAGCCCACUGAGCUCCAUACAGCCGAGGACCCGAGCCCUCCGCUUUCCCCACGCUGCUCCUCGUUCUGCCCGCUUGGUGUCUCCUCCUGAUGGCGUGAGCGAGUCGGCUGCUCAGGUUUCCCCUCCAGGCCGGCUGCGUUCAGCAGUCGGUCGUGCGCAGGAGCUGCUUCACUCUGUACAGUUUCUCUCAUUUAGGGCGGAUCUUGAUGAGAUUUCACAAGGGAAGUUCAUCGCUCUCUUUGUUUACUUUUCUGUUUUCCUUCUGCUUUCUGUUGUGAAUAAGGCUUUCGAGGGUACAAAGUAAGCAAAGAUCUAUUGUACUAAUCAAAAAGUUAACUUAUGUCAAGUUUGAUCUCAUUUAAAUUAGCCUUUUACUAAAUGCACUUUGAAUUGUAUGAUAGACGAUCUGUAUUUUCCUGUUUUCAGUUCAGCCAUAGAUCACCUUUUUUCUUUUAUAUCUGUAGAUUUAUGUAAAUCAGUUGAAAUAAAAUAAAUCUGAUA